AUGCUUCUGGUCCUGUUUCUGGUCGCCAGUCCUUUCGCAGUUCAAUCGCAAAUUUGCGACGGCUGCUCGUUGUUACAAAAAUACACGACUCCUCAACUUUACCCAGCCUACGAAGGGUAUGUUUUUUUUGUUAGUCUUUGGAGAUAAUUCAGCUUCUUUUUUACCUUUAUUUUGCUCGGCGCUUUUUAAUUUUUACAAGUGUUGGAAGCAAAAAUAAAAGUCCUUUUUGAAAAACAGGGAGCGAAAUUCCUUCCGGAAAGAUUGAAAGUAAACGCUUCUAACUUUCAGAGUUCAGCCUACGAUGCAACAAUAUGGGACUGAACUUGGAAGAGCCAUCGCCUACAGGAUCCACGCGGUUUGAGGACAUAAAAAACAAGUCUUUCCAAAACUAUGGUUUUUAAGAUGUACGGGGAUAUGUUUCCGAGACCAGGAAUUCCUCAAAAUUGGAUGAACUACCGACCCCCACCUCCUCGACCGGCAGCGCCAACUUAUGCCAACGAAGUUCCUCCGCCACCGCCGCCGGCAUUGCCGAAUUAUGGACCUCUGGACUCCCCUCAUCCGCCGAUGGACCUCCCAUCGGUCCGCGAAAGCAUCUUACAACAACAGCCCAGUUAUCCCCCUCCCAUGAUGUCUCCGAGUCCCAUGGUACCGCAAAUGGACGGUUAUCCUGGACUUAUUCCGACGUCAUUAUACUCGGCAAGCUACAGAGUCCCCAACCGAUAUAUUCUACGUCCAACUUUGGCCUGCCCUUAUUGUACUUGA